CUCUUUUUACUUCGUAUUUUAACCGAGCAACACAAAAAUACACAUAGUCAAUUUGAUACCUAAGCUUAUAACUGCAGUUUAUUACGAUCUUUGUUUGGGAAAGGUUCUUAAGUGGUAAUAUUGUGGAUAAUAGUGCGUGCAUUUGCUUCUCUGUAUAUUUUUCACAAUUCUGGUGCCAAUAUUACAUAUUGUAAGAAUUCAUAAAAAAUGCCAUAUGUUGAAAUUAAGCACGAUUUAGACCUUGGCCCUGAGUUACCGGAUGAAUUUAAAAAUAUCGCUGCGGAACAGGGCGAAUGUGAAAAUACGAAACUCCAGGUUAUAGAUGACUUUCGUAAAUAUAUAUCUGAACAUGAUGGCUGCAAACCUCACCGAACGGACGAUGAUUACCUGCAGAAAUUUCUACGUGCACGCUUUUGGCACGUUGAGAGCAGUUAUCAAUUGAUGGUCAAUUAUUACCAAUUUCGGGAACAGAAUAAAUCAUACUUUGAAAAGGUUCGACCUUUGGAACUGAGAAGCUUGGGUGAUGAGGAUAUUAUAUCAGUGACACCCUAUAGAGACCAAAAUGGACAUCGCAUUUUAAUCUAUCGUUUUGGUGCAUGGAAGCCAGGUAAAAUUAGUGUGGAUGAUAUCUUUCGUGCCACUAUCAUUCUUUUAGAAUUAGGGUCUCUAGAACCGAUAGCCCAGGUUUUAGGCGGCGUUGGCAUAUUUGACUUAAAGGAUCUGAGCUUCAAUCAUAUCCUUCAUUUAAGUCCAAGCGUGGCACAAAAAAUGAUUGCCUUGUUGGUGACCUCAAUGCCUGUGCGUACUGCAGCUUUGCAUAUUGUGAACCAAAAUUGGGUGUUCAAUGCAGCUUACAACAUGUUUAAACCAUUCUUAAAUUCUGCAAUGAAAGAGCGUUUGUUCAUACAUGGUUCGGAUAUGAAGUCACUUCAUAAGCACAUAAGCUCAGAUCACUUGCCUAAAAGGUAUGGUGGUGUGCACGAUGAUUAUCCUUAUCAACUAUGGUUGGACAAAUUGAUUGACAAUGCCCGCAUUCAUACUGAGUUGGGUCAAUUAGGGUACAUAUUUUAAGUGUACAUGGAAAGUUUUAUGCUGAAGCUAUCUAUACUAUUUACAUAUGCAUGUAUAGAAAUAUAUCAACAUCAAUAUUACACUAAACUUAAAUGGAAUAGUUUAGUAUAAAACAAUUCAUAUAACUAAUUUAAAAUUUUACGAUAAGAAUAAGAAUCAAAGCAAAUAAAUUAUAGUAUUACUAAAUAGUUGCUAUUUCUAAUACUAAUAAAAAAAAUUAUUACUUGGUUCCAAAA